AUGACGGUCUCCUUCGUGAAGAUGGCUGUUAAUGCCGCAACCACAGUCUUGGCGAGCGCAUCUUUUGAGAACGAUGUCGUGAAGGAAAUCACGCUGAAUUUCAAUGACAUUUCUCAGACUGGCUCGGCAAUCUUGGUCGAGGCAUUGGCGGAAAACAGCACAGUGGAGGCAAUCAGCGUUUGCGGUCCUAUGGGUCAAUCCGAUGUUGCAGCCUUUGCAAAGGCAUUGAAGGGCAACGGCAGUGUGACACGGAUCCAGCUUGACAAUGCAAACGUCGGUGAUGCCGGAGCUGCUGCUUUGGCUGAGGCGUUGAAAGUCAACAAGACCGUGGAGCACAUUCAAUGGAAUGCAUGUGACAUCGGUGAUGCUGGGGCUGUGGCUCUGGCUGAUGCGAUACACGUUAAUAGCACCUUGCAGCACAUGAAAACCAGUUUGGCUGAAUGUUGUGGCACUGGCGCUACGGCUUUGGCAAGGGCUUUCUUCGUGAACAGCGCAGUGAAGCGGAUCAACGUCUCUUUCAUGCAGGCAAAACCCUACACUAGAGAAUUGGCCAUCGCCUGCUUCGAGAACGACGCCGUCAAGAAAAUCAAGCUGGAUUUCAAGGAUGUUUGUGAGACUUUGUCCGCUGUGUUGGUCGAGGCGCUGGCAGAGCAGAGCACGGUGGAGGCGAUCAGCAUUCAUGGCUGCUUUGAUCAAUCCAGUGUUGCGUCCUUUGCUGCGGCUCUGAAGAUUAAUAGCGCUGUGAAGCAAGUCCACGUGGACUCCGGUCAGAUUGAUGACGCCGGAGCUGCGGUUUUGGCCGAGGUGUUGCAAGUCAACAAGACCGUGGAGCACUUCCACAUCCAUGCCGACAAGAUCGGUGAUUCAGGGGCCUCCACCUUUGCCGAGGCAUUGAAAGCCAACAGAACCCUGCAAAACAUCGCCAUCGUCUCCAGCAGCAUCGGUUAUGCUGGCGCCAGGGAGUUUGCCGAUAUGUUGAAGACCAACAGCACCAUGAAGCAUGUCCAACUUGCUUGCGAGAACAUCGGUAACGAAGGGGCUAUGGCUUUGGCUCAUGCGUUAAAGGUCAACAGCGUCCUGACGCAGAUCCAAUUUGACGGAAUCAAGUUUGGGGAUCCAGCAGCUAUGGCCUUGUCCCAGGCACUUCGCGCAACCAAGACUGUAGAACAGAUCAGCAUCAGCAGAAGUGGCAUUGGUGACCAGGGUGCUGUAGCCUUGGGCAAUGCACUGAAGCUCAACAGCACUGUGAAGCAGAUACGACUCGACAGGAACAAGAUUGGUGACGUCGGGGCUUCGGCCUUUGCUGAGGCCUUGAAGGCUAACAGCACCUUGGAACAGAUCCACCUUGGCUUCAACGGCAUCACCGAUGACGGCGCUGAGGCAUUGGCCGAGGCUCUAGAAGCGAACGUGACUCUAGAGCAGAUCGGUCUCGAACACAACUGGUUCCUUGGGGAUCGUGGGGCUGCAGCCUUACUGGAUGCACUGAAAGUCAACAGGCAUGUCAAGCAGAUCGACCUAGGCUACCGAAAGCUUUGCGUGGAGGAGGUCGAGGCAGAGAAAUGA